CGCGCUGCAUUCACAGGCCAGCCCGAGGUCUUUGUCUGCUGCAAUCUGCCCUAUCGAGAUAACGCGGGAUGUGCUGCUAGGGCGAGCCUUCUGGAAUGUUGAGGUUGCACCGAGUCAGCUCGCCUUGAGCUACUCCCCGCGGGAAGGCAGUCUUAUGACGUCGAUUAAAAUUCAUUGUUUGACGCCGGACCCUUAAAACGCUCUGGCUGUAACUGCAUUUCCCUACACUGUUCUCCUAGAGACCUGCUAUCACCAUCCCAUGGGAAAUUCUCUCUCAUCUACCGUCAAAAUGGCCGACAAGCGGAUUGCGUACAAAGUCGAUGGAGAAGUCCAAGGCGUCUGCUUUCGUGACUUCACCCAGCAGCAAGCUAAGAAGUUGGGCGUGAAAGGAUUCGUCCAGAAUGCAUCAGAUGGAACGGUGAAGGGCGAAGCACAGGGCAGCGAGAGUGUCCUCACCGAGUUCGUCCAGCAUCUCAACAAAGGCCCCCGGGCAGCUCGCGUUACGGGCGUUGAACAGUCAGAUAUAGAAGCGAGGCAAGGCGAGCGUGGCUUCUCCGUCAAGUACUAA